AUCGGAUCCAAAAAUUCGGAUCCCGGAUCCGUUUCUUCUGCUCUCAAAAAGAGAAACCCUAACGUGACUAGAGCCUCCUCCUCCUCCGAAUCGGAGAACCUCUUGUUCAAUCUUUGAUGGAUUCACCUUGAUCAAUCAAUCAAUUAAUCGAUUAAUCACCUCCCAAAGAUGUCGAAUCACUCCAGAGACGAACCAAGCACCGCCCCCAAAACAGAUCAAUGGUACGAUCUCGUCUUAGGCUCCUCCGCUAAAGACGAUUCCUCUCAUAAAUUCUGCACCUUGCGAUAUGAAUUCAAACCUGCUUCAAUUGACAAGAAGAGGUCAGGGACUUUGCAUAAGAAGAAAGAUAACAGAGUCUCUGUUGAGUUUCAGAACAACCAGAUUGGUAAACCUAAGGUGACGUUUGAAGGUAGCAGCGAGGAUUAUAAGGAUAAUGAUGCUGUGUUGUUUUUUGAUGGAGAGAAGUUUCGUUUGGAGAGGUUGCAUAGAGCUGUGAAGCAGUUGAGGCAUGUUAGGACUCCUGGUGAAUCUGCUGCUGCUUCUCAGUCUACAGUGCCUCCUCCUGUGGAGCAUCAUCGGUUGUCUCCUCCGCUUGGUCGUGCUGCUAAGUCUCCUCAUGUUAAUAGAAGUUUGCUUCCUGAUAUGCCUGUUGAAGUGGAAAGAAUUGAGAUUGGGAAGCGAGAGAACUCAGCUGAACCAGCCAUCCCUGCAAACAACACACCUUCUAUCUCACCAGUUGAUGAGAAGAUUGAAGAUGGAGAAGAAGAGCAUCACGAGAUUGAUUUGGUUGAUAUAUUCGGCUCAUUUACACCAGAGAAGGACAAUGCAGAGAAAGAGAACGCUGACGUCGGUGGAGAAUACGAGGAGAAUUUAAACAAACAGCUUAGCAUCACGGAAGAGGAGAUUGCAGAUGUGGACGAUGACAGUGGCGGGGAAGGAGAGAAGGGUCUGAACGCAGCGGAAGCACUUAGAGCACAAGUAAACGCAGAGGUGCAAAAACGCUCAAGCUCAAGCUCAAGCAGUAGCAGUGGAAGCAGCAGCGGAAGCGACAGUGAUGGUAGGAGCAAAAGCGUAAGCGGAAGUGGUCAGAGUAGCAGCGGAAGCAGUAGCCGUGGGAGUGGGAGUGGAGGGAGUGACGAUGAAGAUGAAGUCAACUCCGUGUAACAGUAGUAACACAAACAAUAGCAAAACUUAUUAUCCACAAUAUUAUUUACCAAACUUUGUCUGAAUAAUUUGGCUUUGAUUUUUGAAGAUCCAAAAAUAGUAACUUUCACU